AGCAGUGUGAGAUUUACAAACUCAUCUAUCCCUAUUCUAUCUGACAACUCCUCAUCUCAAUUGCCUGUCGGACCCUACUUCAUCAAUGCCGCUGGUCAUGUUUUCGAGGCUUGGAGGCUGUUUUUGGACGUGCAGGAUGCAUUUACAGUCAGCAAUUGGAAAUGGAGACGGUUCAUAUUCAGUGCUGCCUGCUGGCACAGUUGGCCAACGCCAAGCGAUCGCAGUGCUUUCUCGUCUGUACUUUACCAAGACCGCUGAAAAGCCACUGGCGGGUGUACGAGUCGGUAUCAAAGACAUUUAAGGUACGUUGAGAUGACCAAGUGGCUAUCGCAUCUUACUGACUUUGCCCAGAUAUCAGAGGUCUUCGCACUUCAAACGGCGAUCAAGCGUGGUACUGGCUAUAUCACCCAGCCAAGG